AUGUUCAGCGAUGUUGACUGGAAGUACGCCGGCAUCUUCGGCGGCCUGUCCCUCUGCCUGACGGUCAUCAUGUCCAUUGUUCUGGCGGACUUCAUCCUCAACCACCAGGAUGCCCUCAAGUCCGCGGUGUCCUUCGUCCCGCUGAUGAUCGCCGUGCAGUUCCUCAUUCGUGGCUGCCUGGCCGUGUAUCGCAAGCGCAAGGCCAAGCGCGAGGCUGAGGCCGCCGCCGCCGACACCGAGGCCGACAAGGAGGCCCCGCUCCUGGGGGACUCCCAAACCGAGGAUGUCUACCAUGCCAGCAAUGGGGCUGACGACGAGCAGGACGACGAGCCGAUCGUCUACACCGAGAAGUCCAGCCUCCUGCACUCCGGCAGCCCGUCCCAGGAUGACCUCCCCACCCAGGGGUCGGGCACCGUCGGCUCGGCCGGCGGCAGCCACAAGUACACCUCGGACAUGUCGCUCGGCGCGGGCGCCAGCGGCCAGACCGCCGAUGAGGACCUGCUCGCGCCGGCCAUCACCGGUGCCACGGUCAACCACCAGCCUGAGGAUGGCGAGGAGCACCCCUCGCCGGAGGAGGAGGCGGAGGCGGAGCACGACUCGGAUGCCGAGGCCAAGGCCCAUCCCGAUGCCCCGGUCGCCGCGGCGCCCCCCCGGCCGCCGCUCAUUCCCCUGUCCGCGGUGGAUUUCACCUCCUGGGCGUCCAUUUGGGCGUACCUGGUGGCUCGGUUCUACCCGGAGCAGGACACCCUCUUUGGGCCGCAGUCGCCGCAGACCCGCCGGCCGGUGCGCUUCGGCAUCACCAUUGUCAUCAACUCCAUCUUGGGGAUCGUGUCCGGCACCCUGUACGCCGGCGGCGGCAUGUUCUAUUCCAAUGUCCUGGUCAAUGCGUGGGAUGCGCCGGUCCGCCUGGCCGCCGGCACUGGCUGCCUCAUCAUGACCAUGGUCAUGUUUGCCAUGACUCUCACCUUCCCCGGCCGCGAGGGCAUGGACGACAUCAAUGUCCUGUACUUGCUCCUGCUGAGUUUGCCCUUCGGCGUGCUCGGGUCUCUGUUCGGCGCGCGUCUGGCUUUGCGCAUCUCCGACAUCGUCAUGUACUUCCUGAUUGUCGGUGUGUCGCUCACCAUCUUCGUGGUGAUCGCCGCGCGCGGUAUCUUCACCUGA